GGAAUAGUUUGAGAAGUAGGCGUCUGGCAUGUGCAGAUAUCUAUGGUUUCAAUACACAGCAUUUCCUGUCAGUUUAGGUGCAACUAGCUAUUACGGAGCUAACAUGGCUGUGCGACAAUUCAGGAAAAAAAUUGCUAGCUAACCUCAAAAUAAACAAAAUCGAACCAAAAGAAAGGUGCAGGUUACAUGACUGAAAACAAUGCAAAGCUAGCAGCAACGCCGGGAAGUGGUGCGUUCAUGCUACGCAUGUCGUCUGUUUACAAGCUAACAUGGACCUUGGAUCAAUGCUGUACAACAAUUUGAAAGAUGUAUCAUGGAGCACGACGUCUUUACCCUUAGAUCGACUUGUCAGUGUUUAUAGAUUGCCCCAAAUUGUGAAGUUGGACAGUGGUGAGUUGGUGGACGUCUUACGAGACAAUGACUACCUCUUGAUUCAUUCUUGUCGUCAAUGGACUACAAUCACUGCACACAGUCUGGAGGAAGGCCAUUAUGUCAUUGGGCCCAAAAUAGAGAUCCCGGUACAUUAUGAAGGUCAGUUUAAGCUGCUGGAGCAGGACAGAGAUGUCAAGGAGCCGGUGCAGUACUUUAACAGUGUGGAGGAGGUGGCCAAAGCAUUUCCCGAACGGGUGUAUGUCAUGGAGGAAAUUACGUUCAAUGUGAAGAUGGCUUCGGGCGAAUGCAACGAGGACACGGAGGUGUACAACAUCACACUAAGCACCGGUGAUGAGCUCACCCUCAUGGGCCAGGCAGAGAUCCUGUACGCCAAGGCGUCCAAGGAGAAGUCUCGCUUCAACACCAUCUUCAAGAAAAUCGGCAAGCUCAACUCCAUCAGCAAGAUGGCGAGCCGUGGCAAGAUGCCCUGCCUCAUCUGCAUGAACCACCGGACCAACGAGAGUGUCAGCCUGCCCUUCCAGUGUAAGGGUCGCUUCAGCACCUGCAGCCCCCUAGAGCUUCAGAUGCAGGAGGGGGAGCACACCAUCCGCAACAUCGUGGAGAAGACCCGGCUGCCUGUCAAUGUCAGCGUGCCUGGCAGCCCGCCGCGCAACCAGCAUGACGUCCACCUGAUCCGCGAGAGUCACCGCUACAAGUUGGUCAACAUCCAGACCAAGACGGUGGUGGUGGGCUGCGUGCUGCGCAGUAACAAGAUCAUCCCCGUCCACUUCCCGCUCCACAUGGCCUCCAUGCCGAAGUUCAUCAUCCCUGAAGGGUUGCUUCAGAACGAGCUGUGGCUGGACACCAUGGUGCACCGCUGGUUCACCUACUGUCAGGAGCAGUUUGACAUUGACGAUUAUUCCCGUGCUGUGCGUGAUGUCAGGACCGACUGGAAUGACGUUGAUGGGAGGAGCCCCAAGAAGAGUAGUGGUGGUAGCAGCAACGGCUGCCCCUCGCACAUGCCCAGCUCUCUCACAUACGCCCGUGACGAGCUUACCCAGUCAUUCCACCGGCUCUCGGUGUGUGUCUAUGGCAACAACCUGCACAGCAACAGCGAGGUCAACCUGCAGGGCUGCAUGACGCUGUGUGGAGACUGGGUGCUCCUGCCAUCCGAGGGCGUGCUGGCUGAUUCAGUUGACACAGAGUACCUCUUCCCUGAGCUGCUGGAGGACAAGAGCAAGUCUGAUGUUCCCUACGAGGAGCUGUGGCUGGACCACUUGAGAUCAAGUCGGGGAAGAGGAGGGCACAGUGUAGGCGGCGAGGAUCCAAGAGGCACCAGCAACACCAUCGCCACCUCCAUGGCUGUCAUAUCAUACCCCGCCUCCUCCUGUCAUAUGGGUCCAAUGGUCAGCUCUGAAAUCUGUCUAGCUCCGCCCCCAGUCCCACCAAAGUCUGAAGCUGUGAAGGUAGAAUGCCGUCAUUUGAACGCCCCUCCCAUUCCCCCCCGAAGUUCCAAGCAGAUGAUGUCCACCCCAACGCCGGCUGUAGCUAAGGCUCGGCAGACGGAAACGCGCUCUCCAAGCCCCACUCUCUCCUAUUAUUCCUCAGGCCUACACAGCAUCAGUGGAGGAGAGAAUGAAGUGACCGAGUCAGACGAGCAGAACCACGUAUGUUACCCCUGUAACUGGGUCAAAGGCAACAAGAAGUGCCUGACAGCAUCCCACGUGAGCCCACCUCUCGACAGUGUACUCUCCUGCCCUUCUAGACUAUCGUGGCCCAACGAUUUCUGUGGAGGGGAUUCUCAAAGCAUGGAGGAGUUCCUGCCCAUCCCCUGUCGAAGUUACUACAGCUAUCCCAGAAAAAGACCCUCUGGAACGCCCAAGUCGCCAUGCCUUUUGGACUUUGAUAGAAAAGAGCAGAAGGGCGGUAGCGCCAUCCCCUUGAAAUCCCACAAAGCCUCAUACACUAAUCAGUUUUGCACCAAGUCGUUGAGCUACACCCUGGAAAUGUACAGAGACAAUAUGAUAGACGAAUGUAACACUAAACAAAGCCUAUCGUGCCCAAUCUUGCCACCGAGGACGCCCAAAUCAAACGAGACAUGUAAAGAUUCUGUCGAAGAUACGGCACAGGACACUCUAAAGUGCCUGGUCAGCCAACAACACGACCAGGUCACGACAGAAAUCUUCUCCAUCUCCUAUCCCCCCCUAUCGCCACUGUCCUCCCCCUCCCUGCCAGCCCCCGGAGGACAAUGGCAACCACCCACCAACCUCUCUGGACUUUCCAUCGAAGAGGUGUCCAAAUCGUUACGGUUCAUCGGCAUUUCCGGUGACAUUGUGUCUUCGUUCGUGACAGAGAAAAUCGAUGGGAAUCUACUUCUGCAGCUUACGGAGGAGAUUCUGACGGAGGACUUCAAGUUAAGCAAACUCCAAGUGAAGAAACUCAUGCAGUUUAUUAAAGGUUGGAGGCCUAAAAUAUAGCCAAACCCUUUAACAAAAUGUUUUGUACUCAUGCUAUGCACAUCCAGAAAUUAUUCUGGGGGUUAUUUCAUAUAGCAGAAGUUGACCAGAUGAAACAACUCUGCACAUUCAAGUUCUUUGAGAAGGAUAACACAUGAAUUGGGCAUAGUAUAUAAAUGACUAUAUACCCUCAAUAACCCACACUCAACGUUAAGCCAGAAAACCAAGGGCAGUCGAAGGUGGCUGCCUAACUUGUCAAUCCAGCUCUCCAACCCUGGUAAUCAUUACAGUUGUCUGUAACAGGGAUGUGUUUGUUGUGUUAACUUGUCAUUAUAUCGGUUUGUCCUCAACUCCGUUACUAUUUGCUUUAACCCAAAGCAAUGAGGUUAUUCAUGAAAGUUUGCGAUCCAAGCGAUGGCAUUUAACUAAUUUAUACGUGUGUGUGCUUCUUGUAAUGCUGAAUUAAUAUGCAAGUAAUAACCACCAAUACAAUAACUUCAUAUUCCACAUAAUGAAAUGCACUUGAGUAAAACCGCCGUUGCCAGUACAAAUAGACUGUGAAUCAGCUCAUGACAAGUGUCCUUAAAUCUAUAUUUAAUUUUUUUGAACCAACGUUGACUUUGUAAUGGUUAGAGGAAGCAUUGGGGUUCAAGAAACAACUACCGGGAUGUACCGUUGCUAAAGGACAAUGGUUUGACAAAUUAAACGGAGAACUUGCUAUUUAAACUAAGGAUAUGUUACAUGGGUUUUAAAGAGUAUUUAAUAACUACUAGCCAUGGAUUAAUUUGGGAUAACAUCUUCCCUUAUUGUACAGAUUCUCUGACUUGAGACUGACCAGACUAAUCUGCCUUAACCCACCAUAGACCAUUAACGAUACUACAUUUAGCUGGGGUUCAAGGUGGUGAAGCGUAACAAAACGUUCAAAUAACUGUGCUAUAAAAAGCAUGUCUAUGAUUCAUGUAUAGAAACGUGAAAUCAUGUUACGACUAUUGCUAUCUGCAACAUUACACCUUGUCAUUUUUCCAGUGUUUGUGUGUCAAAUUACUGUACUGUUAUGACAGUAAAUGAUCAGUAGCACAGGACCAUGAACUGGAAAAUGCAUCUACAAACUGUCAUGGGAAAACGUACUUAUGAACCCCCAUUAUGUUUUGACCUAACUCUUUCUAUGGUUGUCUAUGAUCAAUAAACAUGGACACGUCUUA